AUGGACAUCUUGAAGGAUGCUGGUUUUGAGAACUGCAAGCCUGCUUCUACCCCUAUGGACUGCAGUACCAAACUCAGCAAAACUGAAGGUGUUCCCCUCUCAGAUUCUAUAGAAUAUCGAAGGUUAGUUGGCAAAUUGCUCUAUUUGACCAACACCCGACCUAACAUUAGCUUUGCCAUUGGAAAGUUGAGUCAAUACCUUGACCACCCCACUACUUCUCACCUCAGUGUUGUCCAUCGAAUCCUCAGAUACACCAAAGCUUCACCUGCCACUGGCAUAGUGUUCUCGGCCACCUCUGAUCUUUGUGUCACUGGAUUUGCUGAUUCUGAUUGGGUGGCAUGUCCUGAUUCAAGAAGAUCUGUGACAGCCUACUGCUUCUACAUCGGCACUGCCCUGGUUUCAUAG